GUGUGUGAUUUGGGCGAACUGACCCUUUAAGGGUACAGGCGACUUCAGGUUUAGGCCACUAGGUGUCACGCUGAGUUCAAACUGUUGGCGACGCAACAUGCUUGGUAAAGCAGAGGAAGAUACGGCAGACACCGCACCUUCGACCAAGGUAAAGCAUGGCGAUGACCGGCCACAGCUCAUGCUCCUCCAUGAGCAACCACACCAAGGAGCGGGUCACUAUGGCCAAAGUGACCCUGGAGAACUUCUACAGUAACCUCAUCGCCCAGCACGAGGAGAGAGAGAUGAGGCAGCAGAAACUGGAGAAAGUGAUGGAUCAGGAGGGCUUGGCUGAUGAAGAGAAACGUGUGCGACGCUCUCAGCACGCAAGGAAAGAGACAGAGUUUCUUCGCCUGAAACGCACCCGCCUGGGUCUGGAGGACUUUGAGUCUCUGAAGGUGAUUGGCCGAGGAGCUUUUGGAGAGGUGCGUCUGGUGCAGAAGAAGGACACUGGUCAUGUCUACGCCAUGAAGAUUCUUCGCAAGGCUGACAUGCUGGAGAAAGAACAGGUCGGUCACAUCCGUGCUGAGCGGGACAUCCUGGUGGAGGCAGACAGCCUGUGGGUGGUCAAGAUGUUCUACAGCUUCCAGGAUAAGAUGAACCUCUACCUCAUCAUGGAAUUCCUGCCAGGAGGAGACAUGAUGACCCUCCUGAUGAAGAAAGACACUCUGACAGAAGAGGCCACUCAGUUCUACAUAGCAGAGACGGUGCUGGCCAUCGACUCCAUCCACCAGCUGGGCUUCAUUCACAGAGACAUCAAGCCAGACAACCUGCUGUUGGACUCCAGGGGCCAUGUGAAGCUGUCUGACUUUGGUCUUUGCACCGGGCUGAAGAGAGCUCACCGUACCGAGUUCUACAAGAACUUGAACCACAGCCUGCCCAGUGACCUCACCUUUCAGAACAUGAACUCCAAGAGGAAAGCUGAGACCUGGAAGAGAAACAGGAGGCAGCUGGCCUUCUCCACAGUGGGAACCCCAGACUACAUCGCUCCAGAAGUCUUCAUGCAAAAUGGAUACAACAAGCUUUGUGAUUGGUGGAGCCUGGGAGUCAUUAUGUAUGAAAUGCUGAUCGGUUAUCCCCCGUUCUGCUCAGAGACGCCUCAGGAGACAUACAGGAAAGUGAUGAACUGGCGGGAGACGCUCACCUUUCCUCCGGAAGUGCCUAUAUCAGAGAAGGCCAAAGACCUCAUCCUCCGGUUCUGCUGUGAGGAGGAUCACAGGAUUGGUGCUGCAGGUGUGGAGGUGAUCAAGUCCAAUCCUUUCUUUGAGGGGGUGGACUACGACCAUAUCAGAGAGAGACCUGCUGCCAUUCCUAUAGAGAUCAAAAGCAUCGACGACACCUCAAACUUCGAUGAAUUCCCUGAUUCAGAUAUCCUCACACCAACAAGUAUGCUGCCUGUUCCCGUCCAGCACAUUUCAUAUUUUGCGCCCUCUGUUGUGAUAUGUGAAAUUAUUAAAACCCUAUCCUCUUCUCCUCCAGCCGCCCCAGUGUCCAACCACACAGAGGCCGACCUGAAGAACAAGGACUGGGUCUUCAUCAACUAUACCUAUAAACGCUUUGAAGGCCUCACUGCUCGAGGAGCCAUACCGUCCUACAUGAAGUCAGGAAAGAGAUGAACACCUUCAGAUGGGCUUUUAACCAACUCCACCAUGAAAACCUGAAUGAGUCCUUGUCCAAACCCUGUCGUCUGAGGACUGCUCCUGUUCUCUCACGCCUGAGUGAUGAGGAUUCUCGUCACAAAGGCUCCAUUUCAUUGCUGUCCUCCACAGGAACUGCUGCCUUCAUUUCUGUUGCUUCCGAGGGUCCCUUUCUACUUCUUCUGCUCACACACACGUCUGAACUGGGAUUAAAGUGAUUCAAAUUCUUUCCACUUGCCUUUUACACCAGUGGAUGCAGUGGGACUCCUUCACUCCAGACACCAGCAUCACUUACAUUCCCUCUCUGCACCAGCACCAGUCUGUUGGACCUACCAAGGGCUCCUCUCCUUCCAAACCAGGACAUCCACUCGAUUUACGCUUUCUAUGUCGAGUUUUUAGCUCAAACAUUGCAUUUACCUGUCACUUGAAGUGAAUCGGGUGCUCUUCAGGGAUUCUGUCCAAAUGUUCUUUCCUUGUUUCUUGCAAGAACUCACAUGUGAGGCUUCUCUAAAGUGUCGCUGACUUCUUAAGAUGGCACCUAACCAAAGACUGUGAGCUUAAAGAAUCAAGUCGUGUUUCUGCUUGAUCUCUCUGACAUGUCACUUGUAACUUAGAAUUGUAGUUUUAUAGAUAUAUUUGCAAGAUGUGCUUUUUGAAAAGAGUGAGUACAUAAAAAUGAUGCAUUUUGUGGAACAAACAUGAGAUUCUUGUUACAUUUUCUUAAUAACCCACUUGUGUUCGGCUUCCUUUAGCACCUUAUAUGAUGUUUGAUCCAACACCAGUAUAGUCAGGCCUACAGCUCAUUUGUUUGUGUGUUUAGAUUGGUUUUAUUUAUUGGACUGGAAAUGUACACCUGUGUGUCCACACAUGGGCUUGACUGGGGAUUGAAGGUGGUAUCUCACAACUGAAGUCACCGUUUUCUUAGAGAUGUCUACAUUUAACCUUUUUAAUGGACAUGUCGCAGAUUCAGACUUUCAGUCUUGUCAGGGUGAGAGAAGACUCUGAAGCAUUUCCUAUAAUGCCAUUUGUUAAAGGCAGGGUGACCCACUCCACCUAUUAAUAGUAUAUGGAAUGGCUACGUUAUUGUAGUACAGACAUUUACAGUUGAAACGCCCUUCAAAUGCAGGUCAAAACAUUCAACAUAUUGGCUUACAGUGUCACACUGAUUUGAAUUUAUGCUGCGAUUAGCUUGUAUUGUAAUGCAGCAGAGACAAAGGAACCUGAAACAGUCCCUGUGUGAGUCACAGAGAUACUUUUUUUGUUGCAGUUUCUUGUUUAAAUCAUCACUUCUGAUUUGAGUACUGCCUUCAGUAGACAUUUGGUUUGGUUGAUGAACUUGCGAGAAGUAAUCUUUUGUGUUGUAAUAUAUUUUAACGUGUAAUAGUUGGUAGUUGAUUCCUGAGGUCUGAGGAUGUUUAAAGUUGAUAUCAACUGGAGGGAAUCUUUUAAUGUCACAUUUGUCAGUCUGAAUGUGCUUAUUUUUUAAAGAGACACUCAACACCUUAAAGAGUAACUCACCAUGCAGCAAUGCUUGUCCUCCGAACAAGAUCCAAUUUGGAGUUACUCUUCAAAUCUAGAAGCACAGGGCUAAACUUUUCCAGUGAACACAAUAUCCAAAAUGCUGUCAUUUAAAAUGAAUGUAAAUUAAUUUGUAUGGAGUAACCGAGAAAAACUUUUUGCCACAAUAAUUCCAAAUGCUGUUUGUUUGAAUGUAGCCUGGACAUACAUGUUUUUUUGUUUUUUAUUCUUACACAUGAGUCAUAACUAUGGAAGCCCCUUUCAAACAGAAAAAAAGAAAGAAAUUGAUGAAAAUUUAGGAAUGAACAAUAAAAACGUAUAUGUUCUUAAAGGACCAGUGUGUAAGAUUUGGUGGCAUCCAGGAGUGAGGUUGCAGAUUGCAACCAACUGAAA